AUGUCCACGCAAUCCAAAUCACGAUGGGCAGACGAUGACCCCGAAACAGAAGCCAUCAUCGCGCAGCAGAAACGAGAAAAGGAAGAGAAACGACGCGCCAAGGCAGAGAAGCAACGCAAACAGGAAGAAGCUCAACGUCAAGCAGCCGCAGCAGCCCAGAACCAACCAGAGAACGCGCCGCUCAAUGGCGAUGGCAAACAAGAACCUCCCAAGAAACGUCGACGAUUGUCGAAUGAGCCGUCGUCGGCCGCAACUCCAGAAGCUGUCGUCUCCGAACAAAAGCCGUCGGCUUUGAUGCGGUUCCCUGCCCAGGAAUGGGGUCCUUGUCGACAUGUGGAUAACUUUGAGCGGUUGAACCACAUCGAAGAGGGCUCUUACGGAUGGGUCAGCAGGGCCAAGGAUAUCACAACUGGCGAGGUGGUCGCUUUGAAGAAGCUCAAGAUGGACAACUCCCCCGACGGGUUCCCCGUGACGGGAUUGCGGGAGAUUGAGACACUGCUGGAAGCAAGACACACAAACGUCGUCUACCUGCGUGAGAUUGUUAUUGGAAAUAAAAUGGACGAUGUCUUCCUCGUUAUGGAUUUCCUCGAACAUGAUCUGAGAACACUACUGGACGAAAUGCGCGAACCCUUUUUACCCUCCGAGAUCAAGACUCUUCUUCUGCAGAUCACCGCCGGUCUGGAUUUCCUCCACUCGCAAUGGAUUAUGCACCGCGAUUUAAAGACGUCCAAUCUCUUGAUGAACAACCGUGGCGAGAUUAAAAUCGCUGACUUUGGCAUGGCUCGAUACUAUGGAGACCCGCCGCCCAAGCUGACCCAACUGGUUGUCACGCUAUGGUAUCGAGCUCCCGAACUGCUCUUAGGCGCCGAUAAAUACGGCACGGAGAUUGAUAUGUGGAGUAUCGGUUGUAUAUUUGGGGAGCUUCUCACCAAGGAGCCCCUGCUCCAGGGCAAGAACGAAGUCGAUCAAGUAUCAAAGAUAUUCGCCCUGACGGGUCCCCCAACACCACAGACAUGGCCUGGGUUUCGCUCCCUGCCAAACGCCAAAUCACUUCGUCUUCCAUCCAAUAUCUCGCCGGGACCCGGGAAUCCGCCUCUACUCCCCCGUUCCAAAUUCCCUUUCCUUACUAAUGCCGGCCUGAACCUUCUGUCUUCUCUACUUGCUUUGAAUCCAAAAUCGCGCCCAAAUACUCGGGACUGCCUCUCACACCAGUAUUUCCGUGAAGACCCCCGCCCCAAACCAAAGGAGAUGUUUCCCACGUUCCCAUCCAAAGCAGGGAUGGAAAAACGGAGGCGCCGUGCGACCCCAGAAGCCCCAAAGCACGGACAGGAAGCCCCGAGACUCGACUUUGCCGGUGUUUUUGGCGGUGCUCCUGGGGGCGAUACUGGCGAGGCGGGGGCAGGGUUUACACUGCGAUUGGGCUAG